AUUAAGCGUGAACUUUAUAUAUUCUUCUCUUUUCAGUUUCUUCCAAUUUGAGAAGUGAGUAGUUCACAGUUCAUCUUCAUCAUCAGCUCUUAUAUAAUCCUAUACACAAGCUCAAUCAAACUCUACCGCAGAUAAAAGCCUGGUAAUUAAGCAGAGAAGAGUAGAGGGGCCAGCCUAUUAUCGAAUUUUUAUAGGUGAUUUGUGUUCAUUAAUGAUGCCUCAUAAGGAUAAAAAGCAUGGUUAUCAAAGUUUAUCUCUAGAUAUACUCAGCAACCUUCCGGGAGAGGUAACUGACGCGAUUCUUAUACGAUUACCUUUACGAGAUGCGGUGAGAACAAGCAUCUUAUCAAAGAAAUGGCGGUAUACGUGGUGCACACUUCCAGAAUUGACGCUUGAUGUUCAAACGCUUUUGAGAAAUGAUGCCAUACUCACUACAUUUAAAUUUACCAACAUUGUCUGCCACCUUUUAACCCUCCACGCUGGACCAAUUAAUAAGUUUACCCUCUGCUGUGAUGACCUGAAAGUGUGUCCUGCAAUUGAUAACUUGAUAUAUUUCUCUAGGAAUAACAUUCAGCAUCUUGUUCUUAGAUUUCGGUCGGUUAACCAAUACAAAUUGCCUUCUUCACUUUUUAAAUGUGUGCAUUUGAGGCAUCUGACUCUCUUAUGUUGUUUUAUAAUUCCUCCACCAUCUUUCAAAGGAUUCGAUAGGCUAAUUAGCCUUGAACUACAAAGCGUAAUAGUUUCUUCCAAGUUGCUUGAAAGUUUAAUCUCUAAUUGCUCGCUGCUCGAGUGAUUGGUGCUGACAUACUUAGAAAUUUCAGAUGUUAUUAAAAUUAAAGCUCCAAUGCUGAGAUAUUUUUAUUUCAAUGGCGAUAUAAGAUACAUUUGCUUAAAAAAUAUGCCUCUGCUGGCAAAAAAUUUUUCUUUUGGGUAAUGGUACUGCGAAGAUGGCAAAAGGUAAUAUUGCCAAGUUCUUUGAGUCUUUCUCUGCUCUCGAGCAUCUCCACUUGAAUGGCAAUAGUCUCAAGUUCUUUGCCACAGGUGAAGUACCUAUAAGGCUUCCCUUUUAUCUCAACACUGUCAAAAGCCUUAAACUAUCUGCAAUUGUUUUUGAUGAAUUGGAUGAGGUCUCAUGUACUCUUUGCCUGAUCAGAAGUUUCCCGUAUUUAGAAAAUUUGAAAAUUCAGGUGUUCGCUUAUAAGGAGAAUAUUCCCGCUGUCGAAUGUCUUUUAGUGGAAGGUUUCUCAAGUGUGACAUUUAGUUGCCUCAGGGAAGUUAAGUUAAAAGGUGAUCCAGCCACAAAGCCUGGGAUGCAGUUUAUCAAGCUUUUGUUAGCCAAGUCAACCGCGUUAGUGAGAAUGCUGAUUAAGUGCCGGAUAGAAGAUGAUGGUGAUGGUGAUGGUGGCGAUGAUGAGGUUCUUCACAAAACAAACCCUAUGAUCACCUUUAUAAAUGAAUUUCCGCGUGCAUCACCUAAAGCAGAAAUUAUCGUUGAUAUUACGUAUUGUUAGGUCGUGACAUCCUGAAAUUAGACUUGCGACAUGAUUGAACUGAUGUUUGUUUAUUUCAAAGUUAAAUUGUGAGUUGCUUUGUGUUAAUUUUCUACUUGGUCAUUUCCCUAUGGCUAACGUAGAUCCAUGGAGAUUUGAUGUUAAUUUUCUUUUUGGCCAUUUCCCUAUGGCAAAUAGUUGGACCAAGUUAAUUGGAACUAUAUC